CUCUGUUGCAGCUUUUUUAUUUUCUUUUAUCCUUGUCUCCUUUCACUCUCCACUGAUCACACACACUGCUCUCACAUUCUCUCAAUUUCUCAGCAAUUUCAGAAUUUUUAUUGGAUUUCAUGGAUUGGGAUCUUUGGAGUGCGCCCGAAGAAAGCUGGAUUUUCUCCCUACGUGAAAGGCCAUGUGAUUUUUACUUUGGUUAUGGGUUUGACGUGAUGGAAGAAGAUGCUUUGAAUGAAAAAUACUGCUUACAAGUGUUGAGGAGAUUGAUAGAAAAUGCGGAUACCGAGAUCGAUAACCUUGAGCAAGAUUUGAUAUCCCUGCAAAAUGAAAUGGGUUGGAUAAACAAUGAGGAUUGGUUCGAAAUAUGUUGUGAUUCGUUGAGAGAGAAGAUCAAUUGCCUUGACGUUUCAAUAAAGAGUUUGACAAAUAAGGACAAGAAUGAUGUUGAGGUUCAUUUAUUGAGGCAUACAAAACCAGUUGAAACAUUAAAGGAAAUAUUUAAGGAUCUCCUCAGCAAUAACUUGCACAAGAAAGAUGAGCAGCCUGAGGAAGUUAAGUAUGCUGUUAGCUUAAGCACAACCUCUGAUGCUCAUGCUCCGAGAGAACCUAUCAACAUUAUGGGCGAGAAUGAAAAAAAAGGCAGUUGUAACUCUAAAUCUUUUUUGAAGGAGGGAAUGAAGGGUUCAAGUUUCAUGACUGAUAAUGUUGCAGUACUAAAUCCAUCUUUGAAGCUUCAAGGGAGGAAAACUAACAAUCAAGCUAUUAUUAAGCCUGCAAAUGUUGGUACCGCAGCUGGUCAUUCCACUGAGGAGAUAUUACCAGGCAACUCCAGUACGAAAAAUCUAGGGAAGGGGGAAGAUAGAAAAUAUGGUUUUAUUCUGAAGGACCAAAGAAUGAUCCAAAGUUCAUCCUCAAAGUCUGCAGACAGUGAGAGAUGUAGAGCAGAGACGAUUAAAAUUGAGCCUACAGAUGUUGGUAUUAGCAAUUCCAUCUCAGUUGCUUGUGGCAAUUUCAGUACGGAAAAAAAAUCGAGCAAUUCAGGUUCAAGUACUGUGAGUGGGGAGAUUGAAGAGCAUAGUUCUAUAUGUUCAUACAUCAGCUUAGGUCCAUCAAUUAAGCCUGAGGUGAAGAAAACAGAUCCUCGUAAAAAGGUGAAGCUUGCAAAUGCUAUUGUUAAACGGUUAGGCCAAAACAGGCAGGCAACUGGGAGCUUCAAUGAGAUGAAAACAUCAGGCAAGUCUAAUUCAAAAGUAUCUGGAAACAAGGGAUUCUGUUCUAGGCCUACAGAAAAAAGAAAACCUUUGAGUCCAUCAAUUAACACCGAAGGAAAACAAACUUGUCCAAGAAAACAUGAGCAUGCAGAUUUUGUUAAAACUGCCAGUGCCGAAGAAUUGAAAUGUACACCUGGUCUGUAUAGGAGAAAAGAGAAUGACGAUUCAGGAUUUAGCAGCAGCAGUAACUCUGAUAUUAAGCAGAAAAUCUGCAUUGUUGCACUGAAAGCUGCGAGCAAGGGGACUGCAAAAGAUUCGAAGGUUGCUUCACUUGAGAAUGUGGUCUCAGUAAAUUUGUAUCCGAAGGUGGAUAGAAAAGAGAAAAGUCCUUUGCGAAUUAGAAAGGUGGUUGAAACUGCUGUGACUGAGACAGAGAAUUGUGCCUUAACUUCUCUUUCAGAGCCACGGGAAGAAGGAAAAGACGCAAUCAGGCGACAGCCUAAAGAGGAAGGAAAAACUACGUCUGAAGAGCACAUAUGUGAAGUUGCUGCUGAUGAGACGAAGUCCAAUUCGAAACCAUCCCUGAUAUCGCUGAAAGAAAAGGUGAAGAGGAGUAACAAGUCAAAUCUUCCAAUUCUGUAUGAUGUAAGUAUCUCUAGAAUGGUAGAUGGUUCCUGCUCAUCUAUUAUUUCCAAGGCCAAGAAGCGAAAACUAUCAGUGGUCAGUCCGCUAAAUGCCGGUAUAUAUCAGGAUUGCAAGACCACUGCUAAGAAAUUGGUUGAGCUAAGAGAAUGUGCAUCUAAACGGAAUAGUCAUUCUUCUGGCGACGUCCCAAAAUCAGCUCCGAUGAAGAUUUUGAGUUCAGACAAGAGCAUAAAUGAGAGUUCAUAUAAGGAUGACCCGUCACUGUUCGAGUCCUCAAUUUGUGAUUCCAGUUCCAAUUCUGCACUUUUAUUACCUUCUGCAUUAACACUGGAGAAAAUGAGAUUAGGUGAGCUCCGAGACAUGGCGAAGCGAUACAAAAUAAGCAAGUACUACAACCUGUCAAAGAAAACUAUCCUGCAACAGUUAGCUGGUAGAAUGGAUGAUUAGUGGAUGUACAUAUUGCUACUAUUCUCUACUUUGACAUGAUUUUGAAGGGUCAUCAUCUUUAGUAUUUAAUUUGAAGGUACAACUCGAAAUCCAUGUACAGUUAGGAUUUAGCUUUUUAAUUGUAAUGGUAAUGGAUAUGCAGAUGGCAGGAUUUAGAAAAUAUAUACAAAUAUAUAUACAUAUAUGAAUGACAUAA